AUGAGCCGUAUGGAGGCGAAGGACGCACAGAGACACGUGGAAGUGCUGAAUUCUGGGACCCUCGGGUGCCCAGGACGUUCAUCGAGCUCGUUGGUUGAAGAAGUAGCAGUUGCAGACCUCAUUGCUGAAGCCGAAGCAAGCCCAGCAGCAGCAGCAACAACUGGUGCUGAAGAGGCCGCCCCGCCUCCCGCUUCGGCACGCCGCACGCGUCUCACAGAAGGCAACAGCCUGCAGUGGCAGCAAGCAAGAAUCUUUUCUUCAUCAGGAGAAGAAGCGAACUCGGGAAGCUCUAUGGCUGCCUCAGGUCCCUCUGCCCCCCCUUCUGUUUCUGCCGAAGUUGCGUCUGGCGGAAUCCAAGAGACACCUUCAGAGAGCGAGCUUUCACCCAGUGGCCUUGAGGCAGCAAAAGUAGAGACAAGACAGACAACGCCAUCAGCAGAAGGCGUGCCGACAGCUGUCAUGUCUCCCUGUCGAGACUCAGCGGCAGCGUUGUUGGGUGGCUCCCAUCGGCGGGUAGCCGCUCCCAGUCCUUCGUCGGACUCCAGCAACAGCAACAACAGCAAUUUUUUUGCCCCUGAGGCGGCCGGUUUGGAGCUGUCUUCUGCGAUCGCGCGCGAGCUGACGUGCCCCAUUUGUCUGGAUCUCUUCAAGCUGCCAGUCACUGUAAUGUGCGGCCACUCCUUCUGCCGAUACUGCAUUGGUCAUAAAAAGCUCUCCCGCAAGGCCUGUCCACUUUGCCGCCAAGACAUCGGCUGCUCCUUCGCAGUUAACACCGUCCUAUGCAACUUGCUGGCCUCCUUCACCGCACGCUUCCAGCACCAGCAGCAACGCGGAUUUUCGGCAUCCCCCCGAAGUAGCAGCUCCUUGCUGCCCCUGCCAGUCCACUGCGCUGUCGACGAGACUUGGUGGGCAGAGCACUGCGUUAAAGCCCGCGUCGCUGCACCCCUCGCCCUCAGGCUGCUCUUGCCAGACGUUGCAGAGGAGAGUGAGCUGCUGCUCGACGACCUAGUCGCCUGCGUUCUGGAUGCCUUUGACAGGAAGCGCCUUUGGACCGAACAACGAUGGUCAGUCCUUGCAUGCGAUCCCGCAUCUGCAGGCCUCCAUGCAGCGCUUGCUCUAGAACUCGGGGAGGCCUCCGCCAGCAGCCUCCGCUUCGUUGUGCGCAUCAUCGGAGAUCGCGUGCAUCGCAUUGAAGGGCAGGUCUUUGACUCUCGCGUCAUUCAGGCUCUGCAAUCGGGAGACCUCAUUCACAUUGGUGACAGAGUAGAAUUGUCCGUUGAAAUCUUUCCAGCGCCUCCCACUCACCGCCAUAGGAAGCAGGGGGCGGAGGCGGACAGCGAGCGGCCCUGGAAUAAGGCUCGUAACCAGGUGGAGGGGUCUGUGCUGUUGCCUCACCCCGAUGCGGCCCUGUUCCAGCAGGCCUCUGUCUUCUCUCCGCAUGAGGAAGAAGAGGUUUUUCCCGAUCUGCAAGGGGAAGGCGAGAAUCACUGGGCUUCUCGGACCCCCUACACAGAAGAAGAGCAGGAAAUGGCAUUCGAAGGGGCAGGGAGGUGGCCUCCAGGCCUGAGCUGCGGUGUAUGGCGAGGACGCGAGGUGGAGUCCUCUGCAGAGGACGAAGCUGCUGCGGAAGGCAGCCUCCAGAUCCGCAAUCGAAGCGGAAAUGGCGCUCCCGAAACACCGCAGCGAAUGGACUGCAGUCUGCCCACACCAACGGGGGUGCCUACGGAGGACGACAGCGGCGGCCUUCAGACUCCCAAGCAGCCAUCGGAGGCGGAUUCAGAGAUGUUGGAACCUGUAGACUCGUUCCUCAGACUCAAGAUACUUGCCAAUGGGAGAAACGAAGAAAGAGAAAUUUGGGUGGAUCCUCGGGGAGUUGUCCUUGGCAGAGGGCCCCAUGGCUCCACGGCAAGUUUGAGAAAGAUCUCGGUAACUACAAGCAAUGGAUAUGUCAGCCGUCAGCACUGCUUGGUGUACUACGACGGCCGGGAGCCUGCGCAGCGGCGCUGGAUGCUUAAGGACAUGAGCACCUUGGGCACCUUUAUUCGCCUCAAGCCCAUGGAACCCUAUCCUUGCUCGAUCCAGCCCCGCAGUGUGUUUAAGGUUGGACAGUGCAAGCUAGAGCUGUCCCCGUGGUCGCCGUUACCCCAGCAGCAGCAGCAACAACAGCAGCAGAGCCGCUCUGCCCCUGUGGAUGUGCCCUUGCAACGCCUUCCAGACCUCCAGAGGCACCCCUUCGCCUCUCCUGUCAAUGUUUUCCCCUCCCACGAGCACUUUUAUGACUUGAUCAGAGAUGCGGAGAGGCAAUCCGAGACGCAAAUCCCUUAUGCACCGCUGGGUUCCCAAAACAGGAGCUCCGACGCCGAAGAGCGCCCCCCCCCCGAGCACCUCCAUAUCAAUCAGCAGCUCCCGCGGCUGCAUACGAGCUUCCCUGUUUUCCUCCCGUGGAAUAGGACAGUUAUUCAAGAGGCGCAGCAUUUACCGAACGCCGUAUCUUCCGUUCAAGCCUCGUGUGUGAGUGCCUCCGAAUUUUUGAGGCUUUUUUUGGCUCGUCUGCUGUCCUCAGAUUUGAUGCGCCGACAAAUCUUUCGGGCCGAUAUGGAGCCGCUACGCCACCCUACUGCCUUCGACGCUCUAGGAGUGUCUGGCCAGCCGGAGAUUAUGGAGCUGGACAGACCUCUGAGCCCCAACGGAGCAGCGGAAUCUCAGACGCUUACGUGGCCUGGAAUCAUGCCUCAGGAAGCACUGAACGAGCACAACGCUGCCCUUCCUGCAGCAAUAGAACACUUGGGGGCACCGGGGCCUGAGGGGCCCCUGGACUUUUCCCGUAUGCCGCUGCAUGCCUUCACUUCGGUGACAGUGCCCCUCUCCGGGGGUCCCCCCAAUCAGCCGACCCCCGCCGCUCACGUUACGAGCCACGACGGCGUUUUCAGGACUUGGAGGCAUCUGCACGGCAGAGGACGACGCCCCCCAAGAGGCAACAGGGCACUCCUGGCCACCGAAUCUGGAAUGAACAUGAUGGAGCAUUUGGUGUGGACGCUCUCGAGUUACCAGAUGCCACAGCAGACAAAUCCCAAUUUCGCUCCGCUGACCCCUUCACAUCAGACCGCGGCCGCGAACCCCGCAGCCCAGCGGCAGAGACAGCGCAGACGCAGGGCUCCGCAGGACGGAGCUGGGCACGCAAGAGACUCCCGCAGUCUUCCCGACAAUCCAGUGGAGUCCCCUUCAGGCAGUUCCCCGAUUCGCGAGUGCCUCUACCCCGCAAGGACUCAGAGUACAGGUACUGCGGGAGAGCGGAACCGUGCGAGCUCGGGAGCCUCUCCCGAUGCCAGGGCUUCUCACCACGGCAGCGGCCGCUUCGCAGGUCACGUGGGGUCCCCUGUGGGCGUUGAACAGAGAGCCCCUGCAGUUGUAGAGCGCCCACUGGUCCAGCGUGAGCCUUCGGAUCUCCAGUGGCGGCAGCAGGCCAUUAGAAGCCUGGCGCACGAAAGAUACGAGGGCCUAGGGCACAGGAGUCUUCGCAGUGCGCACUACAUGCAGCAGGAAGGCAGCUCUGGGUCUGCGGCACUUUGCGCCGAAAAUCCCAUGGCCUUCAUGGCAUUUCUGGAGGAGACGACGGUCAGCGCCCGAGAGGCAGGCACUCAGAGCCUGCCUCCAAGCCAAGCAAGACCCUAA